AUGAGUGGAAGUUUUCGUUUGUCGUCACUGGAAAGAAUCGAAGUAGUGAAAUGGUAUGCCAUUUUGGAUCUUGUACAAAAAUUCGACAAAACUGGAAGUGUCCAGGAUUCGCCUGGAUCUGGUCGAUCUAGAUUUGUCAGCACUGACGAGAACAAAGAAUGUGUUCUUGCCGCUUUUCAAGAAAACCCUGAAACUUCAACAAGAAGAGCUGCUUUGGAACUAAAUUUGUCUCAAAGUAGUCGUCGACGAAUGAUGAAGGAACUGGGAUUGAAGCCAUAUCGUCCCCAAUUACUGCAUGCUUUAAAUGAAGAUGAUCCUGAGAGACGUUGUGAAUUUGCUGAGAAGUUUUUGAACUUGAUAGAUGCUGACUCUUCCUUUCUUAGUCGAAUCGUUUGGACAGAUGAAGCCAUUUUCAAGUUAAAUGGUCACGUCAAUCGACACAAUUGCGUCUAUUACGCUAUAGAAAACCCUCAUAUCGUCAUUACUGAAGAAAUGAAUGCACCAGGCGUUACUGUAUGGGCUGGAAUUUGGGUCGGAGGGAUCAUCGAGCCAUUCUUCUUUCGUGAUAAUAUCACUGCAGAUAGCUAUCUCGAAACGCUACAAGAAAAUAUUGUUCCUGAUAUUGCACGUGAAAUGCAUUUAGAUGAAACAUUUUAUAUGCAUGACGGAGCUCCAGCUCAUCAUGCGCAAUCUAUUCGACAAUUCUUGGACGAUACAUUUCCUAAUCGAUGGAUCAGUCGACGUGGAUGA